UUUUAAGUGUGGACCAAUCCAUCGCGCAGCGCCGGGCUCGAUUGACACUGUCUGCUUGAUCUACUACUGCGGAUUGCUCAGAAUAACAAGACUGCUCGCUAAUUCCCGUCUAUCGGGGCUGUCGGCGAAACACCGAGAGAGUAGGGUCCAAAAAAAAAAAAAAAAAACCCAACAGGGCAGGCAAGAACGCCGCGCCGCCGUUGUCCGCAACCCAGAAUGGCUUCAGGAGAUCUCUACGAGGUGGAACGGAUCGUGGACAAGAGGCGAAACAAGAAGGGUAAGUGGGAGUACCUGAUCAGAUGGAAAGGUUAUGGAAGUAAGGAGGACACCUGGGAACCAGAGCAUCACCUGCUUCACUGUGAGGAAUUCAUCGACCAGUUUAACAGCUCGAGACGGCAUUUGCACAAAAGACCAAAGGUCGACAAACGUCCUGGUGAGAGCCUCACGGCCAGUCAGCAUACAGUGGCAGAAAGUUCCAAGGCACGGUCAGAGGCCCGAAAGAAGAAAAGGACUAGUGUUCCAGCUGUUGGCAUGGGAAUUGGAUCAGUUUUAGGAAUUGGAGGUGGAGUUUCAGGGCCCACUCAAAAACAGAAGAAAGUAGUUACUGGAGCUGGAAAACAUCCUUUAGGAGAGAGAAUGAGUAAAGCCAUGACAUUCAAGGCUCAUCCAUCAAGUGGGUCUCACUGUUUUACCUCGAUGAGGGUUCCUCAUAAUGGACUUCAAAAUGGAGAGAUGGAGCCUCUUAUUUAUGACACAGCAGCAAGGUCACAUCGACUGCCCUCCGAUAAAGUGGAUACAGAUCUAAGAGAAAAAGAUGCCGCUGGACCACCGCUCACUACUCACCUAGACUCUCCUCUUGCCAGUGUGAAGAUGCAUCUGCAAAGCUCAGUAAAGCGGAAGUUGGCAGAGGAGAAAGGCUAUGUGUUUGACAAGCGGCUCAGGUACAAUGUCCGACAGAACGAGAGCAACUGUCGAUUCAGAGACAUUGUGGUCAGGAAGGAGGAGAGCUUUACGCAUGUCCUGCUCUCCAGCCAAACCACAGACAACAACGCUCUAACACCAGAGAUCAUGAAGGAAGUCUGUAGAGCUUUGGGGAAUGCAGCUGCUGAUGACAGUAAGCUGUUACUCCUCAGCUCUGUGGGCACGAUCUUCUGUAGCGGCCUGGAGCCCUCAUACCUCAUAGGGCGUUUGUCCACUGACCGCAGGAAGGAGAGCAGCCGAAUUGCAGAAUCUGUACGAGACUUUGUGUUGGCAUUUAUCCACUUCAAGAAACCUAUUGUUGUGGCAAUAAAUGGACCUGCUUUGGGAUUGGGGGCAUCCAUUCUGCCUCUCUGUGAUGUGGUGUGGGCGAGCGAGAGAGCAUGGUUUCAAACACCAUGUGCAGCCCUCCACCUCACCCCAUCUGGAUGCUCCUCUUACACCUACCCACAGAUUCUGGGUGUAGCUUUGGCCAAUGAGAUGCUGUUUUGUGGAAGGAAACUUACAGCACAGGAAGCAUGCAGUCGGGGUCUGGUUUCACAGGUCUUCUGGCCAACCACAUUUAACCAAGAGGUGAUGCUGCGCGUGAAGGAAAUGGCAUCAUGCAAUGCAGUGGUUCUAGAAGAAUCUAAAUGCUUGAUGAGGAGCAUCCUCAUCCCAGUCCUGGAGGAAGUGAACGAGAAAGAGUGUCAGAUGCUAAAGCAGCUGUGGUGUUCAACCAAAGGACUGGAGGCACUCUUCAGUUACGUGCACAAUAAAACCAGCGAAAAGUAACCCUCCAGAGUCAGAGGGAAGAUACGGCCUCUGCUGUUCUGAUGCGUCCUGGAUAGGGACAUCCAAGAUGAAAAUGCUGUGACUUCUUUACUCUGAGGCUUUGGCUCCAUUCAUCAGAGAAAACGUUCUGGACGUGUGUCUACUUGUGUCUCGAGAAACAAAAAUAAAAACUUAACAUCAUUUUUUUUUUUUUGUAUCAGAGCUUUUUAUUGGACCCACUGUGUAAUAAUUUCUAUGUUCUUUUAGCAGCAGGGGGCAGCUGUGCAUCAUUUAAAACAGAGAUUAUCUCACUUAAUGUAACAAAGGAGUAAUGCAUAUUGUUAAUAUAUUCAUAUAUUUAUUUCAGAUUUUUUAAUGUAUGUAUAAGAGAUUUUUGUGAUUUGUUUUAUUUAGUUAACGGGUGUGUUCUGUUUGGUUCUUGGCAUGCACUUUAAUAUUAUCCUCCAUAUAUGAACUGAAAACAGCAGCUUUAGUAAAAAAAAUGUUGGUGGUUGUUCAAGAUGAAAGCUCAAGAUUUGCCACAAUUUAGCAGAAAAUGACCUCAGUGUGUCAAGAGAACAUGGAACAACAAGUAUAUUAAUAUUUAGGGCAUACCUCCUCAAAUCAUUCAUAUCCCUAAGAGAUUUAGAUGUGAAAGUAUUUUCAUUUGACCAAUGAAUGUUUUCUUGCUGGUUAAUUGGGCAUCUAUGUAAGAUUAUAAAAAAAGUACUUUGUUUUUAAGAGAAUAAAAUGAUUACAUUUAAGCCUCAAUG